AUGUCUAGAGAACAACACACUGCUGAAUUAAGAUCUCGUCAUGCAAGAUCUAGUUCUAAUACGGGAGGUAAUAGCGAGACUCGAUCUACAAGAUCUAGUUCCUCUCACACAUCUCCAAAGGCUUCAAAUAAGUCUUCUGCCAGAAGGGCAUUUUUUUUAUUCCUUAUAGUGCGUUUAAGUGCCGCUUUUUUCUCAAAUAUAGCAGAUUGCGAUGAGGUGUUUAAUUACUGGGAACCAACUCACUACUUACAAUAUGGAUAUGGAAUGCAAACUUGGGAGUAUUCGCCGGAAUAUGCAAUUAGAAGUUGGGCCUACAUUAAAUUGCACUCAAUUAUCGGCAACAUAUUUGACUACAUAUUUGGUCACGAUAAAAUUAAAGUUUUUUACGCCAUACGCGUAAUGUUUGCUACAUUGUGUGCAAUAUCUGAAGCAUUGUUUUACGUCUCAGCAGUAAGCAAUUUAGGGCCACGUGUCGGACGUUAUUUAAUUGUAACAAUGCUGUUCAGUGCAGGAAUGUGGAAUGCAUCUACUGCAUUUCUUCCAUCGACUUUCGCGAUGUACACAACCAUGAUCGCCUUCUUUUAUGCUCUGAGACCAGUUUCAACGGCAUCCAGAUCGAGAAUCUACAAGACCAUAUUUUGGAUUGGUAUAGGAUCAUUAUUGGCUUGGCCAUUCUGUGCGGAAGUCGGAAUUCCUGCAGCGUUAGAAGAAUUGGUGCUUCGAACCAAUGGAGCAAAGAAAUUUGAGCGAAUCAAACGUUUAUUAUUAGGAACUAUAAUCUCUACAGGAAUAAUUUUGAUACCACUUGUUCUGGUAGAUUAUUAUUAUUACAAACAGCUUAAUGUUGUACCGUGGAACAUUAUAGCCUAUAAUAUGUUCGGUGGCAAGGACCGAGGUCCUAAUUUAUACGGUACCGAACCCUGGUACUAUUAUGUCAUGAAUGGUCUAUUGAAUUUCAACAUUUUAUUCAUAAUGGCCCUUAUUAGUUUGCCGGGUUUGCUGGUGACUUCUGUUGUUGAUUCUGGGCGUAUUUCAUCUUCAACAACAACCGGACCUGUCUAUGCCUACCUCUAUCUUAUUUUCCGAUUGAUGCCUUUUUAUUUAUGGUUCUUUACUUUCCUCGCACAACCUCACAAAGAAGAAAGAUUUUUGUUUGUUGUCUACCCUCUAUUAUGCCUAAACGCCGCAGUUGCAAUGUUUUUGGUUAGAGGCUGGUUUGAUCAACUACUUGUAUUCUUGUCGGAUGGAAAUAUGCCCUAUAUGAGUACCAGAAGGAGUUACAUGAAAAUAUUUACAAUUAGUAUUCUUAUUGUUGCUGGGUUCAUUUCGAUUUUACGUGUUGAGGCGCUUUAUUUUCAUUACAACGCACCGAUGGCAGUUUACAACCACUUUUAUUACGUUGAAAUUCCUCAACAAAUCGAGACACAUAAUAUUCAACCGAACCUUGAUAAUCCAAUAAAUCUUUGUGUUGGAAAAGAAUGGUAUCGUUUUCCGAGUCAUUAUUUUUUACCUGAUGGUGUUCGGUUGAGAUUUUUGAAGUCAGAUUUCAGCGGACAAUUGCCAAAAUACUUUUUAGAAAAUAAUUAUACUGAUUCCGAAGGUAAAACAAAGUUAAGCAGUGAACGUGACGGAAUAUGGAAGAUACCGGAAGGAUUCAACAAUGUUAAUAAAGAAGAAAUGGAUAGAUAUGUCAACAUCGAACAAUGUGAUUACAUCGUGGAUCUAGAGAUGAAUUAUACUGACACAUCGAUUCACGAACCUCGUUAUGUAACCCAAACAGAUCAAUGGAACGAAGUGAUAUGUAAACCUUUUUUAGACACUGCAAAUUCAGAAAGAUUUUCACGAGCGUUCUUUCUUCCGCCGGAAUUAUGGCAGAGCGUAAAAUCAAUAAUCCGAUACCUGCCGGCACGAAUGGUCAAUAAUGAUGCAAUAGAUAGAUUAGGAACUUUGAAAUGGGGUGAUUAUUGUCUGAUGCGGCGAAAACAUGGUAGAAAAUGA